AUGUCCAGAACAGACGACUCCUCGUUCUACCUGUACGGCAUCGGCGAAAACCCCGCGGCGCUGACGCUAGGAAGCUUGGUAUUGGAGCAAUACUGGCAACCCCUCAUUGCGCGCCACUAUACCCAUGCCGUACUAAAAGAAGAAGACUUGGCUGAGAAUGCAUACUCGAGCACCGUCAAAAACUGCGUGUUUUACGGCCGCACCAGCAUUUCCCCGAAUGUUGGGCUGAGUGGAUUCGACAUAAUCGAUUUGCGACUGGCAUGGCGAAAGGACAAUGAGAGGGUUAUCAUGGCCAAAUCAGGGCAGAGGAUAAUCUUGAAAGACCCCGAAUCAUUCCUCCACAACCACGUCCUAACCAACCCACAAGCCCAAUCUGUUCUCAAACUAUGGCUCUCGUCCGCACGUAGCCAGUACCUAACACAGUUCAAAUGGGCACGACGCCCGAAAAUCUGGUUUCUGACGGGGCUAUACCUUCUCGAAGGCACGCGCGCUGUCGUUCGGAAAGCAACAUCAUCCAAAAUAGAAGUCGGCCUGAGUUCCGCCUUUGUAAGCGCACUCAGUGCUGGAAGCGUUCCCAUCGGGGCGUCUAUAUCUACUGGAAAGGGGGAGGAAGAGUGGCAGCUGCAGAUGGAAAUGGAAGAUGGCCAUGUCUGGGCGGCACAGUAUCGUCUUCUCGACGCAAAGUAUCUAUUGGCUAAAAACAGCGGGCUACCGGAAGAUGGGGAAGAAAGUCGAGGGAAGAUGAAAAUGUCGUUGUACAAGGAUAUUCUAAGUGUCAAUACAAGAAGAGGCGCGGCGGAAGACGGUGCAGAGGUCGGGCUGUCUCCGGAAACAGACACGGACAAGGAAGAUGAAGCGCAGCAAGAAGAAGAGAAGGCAUACGAAGAGUAUAUGCAGAAACUCGAAGAUACUAUCCGCAUCUUCGAGAAGGCGCCACCACGGGUACUGAACAGCUAG